AUUUCCCUUCUUUCAUCUCACAAAAUAUAUUCAUUUUCUUCUUCCUUUCCUUUCUUUUUCAUAAUUCUUUUUUAUAUAUAACCCAGAAAAUGAAUUGCAUCAAUUGUUGAUCUUCAUCUACUUUAGAUCGUUGACUUGAAAUAAAACAUUUGAAGCAUAUAAUAAUAGCAGCUGUGAUAUCACACAAAGUAAAUCAGCAAAAGGUGUAGAAUUAAGGCCCUUAUUAAUUAAGUGUUUAUCAAAAGUCUUUAGAAAUACUCAGAGAAAUGAGCAACUUGAAGCUAGGAGUAGAGGUUGCAAGUGCCCAUGAUCUUUUGGCGAAAGACGGUCAGGGUUCAGCUAGCCCGUACGUCGAGCUUCAUUUUGAUCAUCAAAAGUUCCGAACCACUGCCAAAGAAAGGGAUCUUAACCCUUAUUGGAAUGAAACAUUUUAUUUCACUAUUUCUGACCCGAGAAACUUGGCUAACCUUACACUUGAUGCAUAUGUAUACAACGAUACUAAAGGAAACAUCUCAAAAUCCUUCAUGGGUAAGGUUCAUAUUAAUGGGACGUCGUUUGUGCCUUAUUCGGAUGCUGUUGUUUUCCAUUACCCUUUAGAGAAAAGAAGCAUCUUCUCACGUGUGAAAGGUGAGCUCGGGCUUAAAGUGUUUGUCACUGAUAAUCCUUCGCUUAGGUCCUCGAAUCCACUUCCUCAAAUGGAUAAUUCUUCUCAUGGGAGAAAUGAGAACAAAGAUUCGAGAAGAACAUUUAACCAUUUGCCAAACUCAAACUUUGCUCAACAACCGCAUUAUCCUUCACAGCAACCGCAGUAUCCUCCACAACAACCACACAUGGGUUCUAUGAGCCAGCCACCACAAUCAUAUCCAUACGGAGGCGAUGACAUGAGAAAUCAAUAUCAAAGUCAAAGUCAAAGUCAAGUUCAAAGUCAACCAAAGGUCGUGCGGAUGUACUCUGGAUCUUCAUCACAACCGAUGGAGUAUGCUCUCAAAGAAACAAGCCCGUUUCUUGGAGGUGGACAGGUGAUUGGGGGUCGGGUUGUAAGUGGAUCUAACCGACGGGCCAGCACCUAUGACCUAGUUGAGGCAAUGCAGUUCUUAUUUGUUCGUGUCGUGAGAGCGCAAGACCUCCCGAGCAUGGAUGUCACAGGAAGUCUUGACCCUUAUGUUGAAGUGCGGGUUGGGAACUAUAAAGGAGUCACGCAACACUUUUCAAAAACAUCUAACCCCGAAUGGAACACAGUUUUUGCAUUUUCAAAAGAGAGAAUGCAAGCAACAGUACUGGAUGUUGUGGUUAAAGAUAAAGAUAUGUUGAAAGAUGACUUUGUUGGAAUUGUUCGUGUGAAUCUUCACGAUAUUCCCACAAGGGUCCCACCUGAUAGCCCGUUAGCUCCAGAAUGGUAUCGGCUUGAGGACAAAAACGGUGAAAAAAAGAAAGGUGAACUGAUGCUUGCGGUCUGGAUUGGAACCCAAGCUGAUGAAGCCUUUCCAGACGCGUUUCUUGCAGAUUCAGCAAUGAGCAGUGUUAAUAGCUCUGUUUCGUCUAUAUUCACUCGCUCAAAAGUCUAUCAAUCUCCUAGACUUUGGUAUGUUCGUGUUAAUGUAAUUGAAGUACAAGAUCUUGUUUGGGACGAAAAAUCAAGAUUCCCGGAUGUAUAUGUAAAAGCCCGAAUUAACAACCAGGUGUUAAGAACAAGACCAGUGCAGGCAAGAAAUGCAAAUGCACUAUGGAACGAAGAUAUGAUGUUUGUAGCUGCAGAGCCGUUUGAAGAUAAUCUGAUACUUACUAUCGAGGACCGGUUGGGACCUGGUAAAGAUGAAAUUUUAGGAAAGGUGUUCAUACCAUUGAACUCUGUGGAGAGACGGGCUGAUGAUCGGCUUAUUCAUUCCAGAUGGUUUCAUCUUCAGCACCCUGGUGAUCACGAUCAAGAUGAAAAGAAAAUUAAGAAUAAUCACAAGUUUGCUACUCGGUUACAUCUUCGUGUGUGUCUAGAUGGAGGGUAUCAUGUGCUUGAUGAAUCAACUCAGUAUAGCAGUGAUCUGAGACCAACAGCGAAACAGUUAUGGAGACCCUCUAUCGGGAUACUGGAAUUGGGAAUCUUGAAUGCUAGUGCUCUUCAUCCUAUGAAAACCCGACAUGGUAAAGGAACAUGUGAUGCAUAUUGUGUCGCUAAAUAUGGUCACAAAUGGAUUCGGACAAGGACAGUUAUCGACAGUUUAGUUCCAAGAUUCAACGAACAGUACACUUGGGAAGUAUAUGACCCGUCAACAGUUCUAACCGUCGGUGUUUUUGACAACUCUCAGCUCGAGCAUGAUAGCAAUUCUAGAGAUGUCAGAGUUGGAAAAAUUCGCAUCAGAAUCUCAACCCUUGAAACGGGUCGGGUUUACACACACUCAUACCCGUUGCUAGUCCUUCACCCUACGGGUGUCAAGAAAAUGGGAGAAUUGCAUCUGGCUAUUCGUUUUUCCAGUACUUCCAUGAUGAACAUGAUGUAUAUGUACUCGAAACCCCUUUUGCCAAAAAUGCACUAUGUAAGGCCGUUGACAGUGGUUCAGCUUGAAAUGCUCCGCCACCAAGCCGUUGGGAUAGUUGCAGCUCGGCUUAGUCGAGCAGAACCGCCUCUAAGGAAAGAAAUAGUUGAGUACAUGACUGAUGCUAAUUCGCAUCUAUGGAGCAUGAGGCGAAGUAAAGCUAAUUUCUUCAGGCUAAUGUCGGUCUUCAAUGGGUUCUUUGCCGUGAGUAAAUGGUUUGGGGAAGUUUGUAUGUGGAGAAAUCCGAUCACAACAGUGCUGGUUCACAUUCUCUUUGUCAUGCUUGUUUCAUUCCCCGAACUCAUUCUGCCAACGGUUUUUCUCUAUAUGUUCCUGAUCGGACUCUGGAACUACUGGUUUAGGCCGCAAUAUCCUCCUCAUAUGAAUACUCGAUUAUCAUAUGCUGACGGGGUUCACCCUGAUGAGCUUGAUGAGGAGUUCGACACGUUUCCAACCUCUCGGAGUCCAGACCUCGUCCGGCACCGAUAUGACCGGUUACGAAGCGUUGCGGGCCGAAUCCAAUCUGUGGUUGGUGACAUAGCAAGCCAAGGGGAACGACUACAGGGGCUUCUCAGCUGGCGAGAUCCACGUGCAACACUUAUAUUCAUGAUGUUCUGUCUGGUGGCAGCAUUUGUGUUAUACGCGACACCUUUCCAGGUGCUGGUUACACUGACUGGGUUUUAUGUCAUGAGACAUCCAAGGCUUCGUCAUAGGUUGCCAUCUGCACCGUUGAACUUCUUCCGGAGGCUUCCAGCCCGCACUGACAGCAUGUUGUAAGCUUCCAAGAAUCUGUCCAAAACGUUUCGAUUUGCUUCUGUUUGAAUAUAUAUGUGGUCUUGCUGUCUAUUUUUCCUGGCUUCCAGCUUAUGAAAGUAUUGAAGAACAGUCGAAUUUCAAAAACUUAAAUUUCAGAGUUAACGUCUAUAUGAUUCAAAGUUAUUGGUCUUGUUUGUAACUAGAGAGAUGGUUUUGUAGAUUGUUUGUCAUUUUCAGCGAUCAAGUACUGUAACAUUGAAGCUGUCACUUGACAUGAAAUGCCUUGAAUAAAUAUGCCAAUAUGAAUUGCUGUUUUCCAACAUCA